UCAUUUUCAGCUGGUAGCGUAUGGGGCAAAAAAUGCCAAGGUCACAGGUUCAAUUUCCAGCGAAUUUAACAUAGUCAUGAAAGUCUUUAGCUUUCAUUCCCUGUAAGUUGUUUUGAAAAAUAGUCUCUGCCAAAUAAAUGUAAGCGCAUGACUUUGUACAAUGGUAUCCUGAGAAAGAUGAUCCUAGUCUCUGGAUUUCUGGAUUUAAGCUCUUCUUACAGAUCUGUCACAGAUAAAAGGUCCCCAUGGAGACUCAAAAGGGUCAUCAGAGACACAAUUGACUUGUGAGCCUUCACGACAGCAGCUUAGUAUUCAAUUCAAGUUCUGAUGAAUACAACCACUUUCCUGGAGAGACAUGCAUUCUCAUUGAACAUAUUGUCAUAGAUCAAGUCCAUUUAUCAUGGAGUACUUGGUCCUGACCAUCAGAAAGAGAGAGAAAGAGAGAGAAAGAGAGAGAUGGGAAUGUUAAGUUGUGAUAAAUCUGUUUAAACUAUGGUUUGGAUUGGUUGUUAAGUGUCUUAACACGAUUGGUGUCUUAUGCAAUUGCAAUUAAAACACCUUGUUUUGUCAAAUAUUUACGAAGGGAAUGCACAAACAUGACUGAAUUCACGACUGAAUGCACAAACAUGAUUAUUUGAUAUCAUUUGGUCAAUGUCAUAAAUCUGUUAACAUCUUGUAUUUGUAUGAAUGUUGUCAUUGCAUUUAUAUUUUAAUGUGUCCUUAGGUAAAGAUAAAUAAUACAAAUGUUCAUUGCCUUCAGUAAUCUUCUGUUAUCUUUUAUUGCCUUCGGUAACUAAAUUUACAUUAAACACCAUUUUGCAAGACGGGAUUCACUUUUUUUCAUAUCUAUUUAUUAAAUCUUAUCCAAAGCAACUUACAGCGCAUUCAAAGUCUACAUUUAUGUGUGUGCCCUUGGAAUCAAAGCCAUGGAUGCCAACUAAACUACAAGAACACUUAACAAUUAAAUAUGGUAAUGGAAUGCCAUAAAAAAGAAUUGAUUUAUGCCCUGUGUCUAAAAAAUGAGUGUUUAACAUCUUCUGAGCCAGAGUGUUGUGAUUUAGCAGUACAGUGUUUCCAUAGAGUCUUCUAAAGAUUCAAAGUGACCCACAGAACACAUGCCAAGUGAUUCCAACUCUUCUUUUGUACCAGGUUAAUGAACGCUGGAGCGACCAGAACAGUGCCAAAUCCCACCUCUCCCAUCCCUCUAUUUCAGCCCACCGCUCUCUCUCUCUCUUGUUCUUCUGUCUACUGCCUCCCAGGCUGUCUGUCUCCAGUAGUGAUGUGCUGGGAACAAUGGUGAACUCUUUGUCCCAUGAAGUGCUAUAGAGGCAGGGCUGCGUGAAAAAAGACUGCGUUCAGAAAAAAACCUUUAGAAACAUUUAUAUCAGUUUGGUUAAGCGUGGACAUUCUGACAACUAGCUAACAUACCUUUAAAUGAAUGUGAGGUCCUGUUAAAUGUAUGUUUGAUGUACGGUGAUGAACAGCCACAAAACUGUGACCUUUAGGAUAAAUGUCCAGCCCCCUUAUAAAUAUUACAUCAGAUUAUUAGGUAAGUUUGUUUGUGUGGAGCAAACAAUAGAGAGCUGGUCACAAAUCACUUUUAAAUGUGGGGCAGUGGAGGCCAAGAUGGCUAUUCUUGCCACCCAUUGAGUUUUUUAUUUAUCUGACGUCUGGGGCCCAAAUGUUUCAUAAACCCUCUUCAGCGGUCAAUAAAUAGAUUUUCAAUCUAUAAUACUUUAAACUUGUUAACAAUUAGACUAAAACCGUUUUAUGAAAAUAAUUGAUUGGACUGGAAUCAGUUCUCAGCACUACAAAAUGGGCAACAGAUUUUCAUAUCCAUGCAUCACUCUCUGGAGACUCACUAAAUCCGAAUGUCUGCCGAAGUAUUUCUUCUUAUUAAUUGUAAUCUGUCGUGUCUCUGAGCAGCUCUUGCCUUUCCUGGAAUCAUCACAACAGUAUUAUUCAGACUGGUCGAAAUUAAGAUUUUUUUACUCGGUUCCUGAGUUAAAUCUUUAGUCCGUCUCAGAAAGGACACUGUGCUAUCAAGUAAACAGCCAUUUAGCAGCACGUUGGGUUUGAAAGAGAGAAACACUGACACACUGAUCACCAAAUGAAAGCUCUCACUGUUACGGCGAUGCACAACUCUGCAGUGUGUUUUCUCUCUCACUUUAAACUAACAAGCCAUAUGUUGUUCUGUGAAACACUGGGGGAAGAAACUGCAUGAAUCAGGCUGUCUAUGAAUUGAGAGGGUUGAUUCCAAAUAUACUGUAGGGGUUUAUAUUCAAACAACCUACAGGGUAACUGAAAAUGUACUUUGGCAAAAUAAAAUGUUGCCAUAUUUGUUGAAAACAUGCGAAGCUCCACAGAGUGCACACACAUAUUCAGUUGAAAGCAUAAGUACAUCUGCAAAAUCAAAAUUGCUUUUAGCCUACUACUGUUUGACUCAUGACUUCAUUUAAACUUAUCAGCAUGCCUUUAUUGGAACAUUCCAGAAAAUAGUGCAAAACAGACUUAAGAAUGGCAUUUCAAAUCGUGACCGCAUUUGUUUCACUGUUUUUGUGUUAUCGCACAUUCCCUGCCUGGAGGUUUAACCUGGCACAGAUGCAAGGCCUUCUAAUCGUUGCUUUGAGCUGACAGAACCUCCCACUUUUUAAAAUAACAUCCUGGUGCAGACACUGCAAUGACAAUUUUAGAUUUCAAGGACAGUUAACUUCCCUUCUUCCUGGUUACCAUUGUGCUCUGGUGAUAGCAAAGAUCCACAGGGAUGAAUGCAACCUCCCUUUUUCCAUACUAUGAGUUUAUAAUGGUCUUUGGCGAGAAUGUAUAUCGCUGCUGUCCUUCUGAAACCUUGUAUAUUAAUAUUUUGUGAUUUUUUAUUUUUUUUUGUCAUUAAUCAUUAUUCGUUACCAUUUAUCUUUGUCACUUGAUUUUUUAAAUAUCUAACAAAAUAAAGUAUUAAAAAGUGCUUGUCAACUUUCUCAACAAAGUAUUUAAUCACUUAGAAAGUAAAGUGUCUUUUCCAUUUACUGAAAAAUUGUGAAUUUGGACAUCCGAGGUUUCAGAAGGACAACGAGGAUAAAUAUAGGCUACAUACAGAUGAUAUGUUGCCAGAGAUACCCAUACACACCUUAAUGAAUUAUGUAAUGAACCCAGGACCAUCUGGAGAAGAUAUGUGGUGGCUCAUUCUGUAACCAGCCUCAUGCUUGGCGUUGACAUGAUUUUAGAUUUUCAAGAAGAGUCUCAGCUGGAAACAACAGAAACUCUCUGACCUUCUUUGUCAAUUGAUUUCAAAUGAACAAAUUUAUAAAUGACUGGGAAGCAGGAACUGAUUAAGCCAUUGAGAGCUGAUGAAACAAAACUAUUUUAUAUAAUACCCUUAGUUUCAUAUGCUCCAUAUUAUGUUUGUGUGUAACAAUCAGUCAUUAUGGGAUGGUAUGCAGAGUACAAUUUACAUCAGUUCCAAAUAACUGCUGCCAGAGUUUCCAUGACACAUCCUUUCAAGUUCUGAAUCUUGAUUUUAUUUAAAAGAGCUUUGAUUUUAUUAUUAUCUUCGUACUUUUCUCGACCAAUCAAGAGCAUUGAUUGCAUUAUGUUGCAAUUAUGUUACAUGAGGGUUUCUGAAAAAUAAAAUGUAAAUACAAUUUACAUACAUUUUUAAAUUAAGUACAUUACAGUUCUACUUAAAUAAAUUAUUAUAAUUGUUUAACAACUAAAUGAAGAAAAAAUUACAACCAGAUCAACCCUCUAAAAUCUGGAAGAGAUUAUCAUUAUUUAUUGUGACUUUUACAGAACAGAUGCAAUAGAAAUGCAACUUACUAUCACCCCCAAGUGGCUGGUAGAAAGUAGAAAGAGCUUCUGAGUUUGCAGUCAGCUACCUACCAAACUAAAAUGUAUAUGUUGUCCACAGUACCUUUAAAAUUUUAUUAAAGACUAUAUGCCAAAUUUGUAACCGACAAAUGUUAAGAAUAAUAUCAAACUAGUAGACAUUUUAAUCAAACUGGUACGCAGAAAAUGUGUAAUCUGGCUUUCAAAACAUUCUUUGACUUUUAUUUUGAAAAUCUCAACAGGAAGUGGUUGCUCCACAAACUUCCGCCAAGGAUGCACGAAACCCUCUAAGGGAUUUCCCUUCAUUUGAUAUCCUUGUUUAUUUCCUUGACAGAGAAAAACAUUAACAACAGACCAAAAACACGUCGCCAGUCAUGUCAGAGACAUACGAUUUCCUGUUUAAAUUUCUUGUGAUUGGAAAUGCUGGAACUGGAAAAUCAUGUCUGCUGCACCAGUUUAUAGAAAAAAGAUUCAAAGAUGACUCGAAUCACACUAUUGGAGUUGAAUUUGGCUCAAAGAUUAUCAGCGUGGUCAACAAAUGUGUCAAACUCCAAAUCUGGGACACAGCAGGACAGGAACGUUUCAGGUCUGUAACACGCAGCUACUACAGAGGGGCAGCAGGGGCUCUUCUUGUUUAUGACAUCACCAGUCGAGAAACAUAUAAUGCUCUGACCAACUGGCUGACAGAUGCCAGGAUGCUGGCCAGUCAGAAUAUAGUGAUCAUACUGUGUGGAAAUAAGAAAGAUCUGGAUGCUGAUCGUGAAGUCACCUUUCUGGAGGCUUCACGCUUUGCUCAAGAAAAUGAGCUCAUGUUCUUGGAGACCAGUGCACUAACAGGUGAAAAUGUUGAAGAAGCUUUUGUCCAGUGUGCUCGGAAAAUCCUAAACAAAAUAGAAUCAGGAGAAUUGGAUCCAGAGCGUAUGGGUUCAGGAAUCCAGUAUGGAGAUGCAGCGUUGCGGCAGCUGCGUUCUCCCAGAAGGGCUCAGGCAGAGAGCGUGCAGGAGUGUGGGUGUUAGCACACAUCCCCAGACAGAUGACCAACCAGGCAGGUUUCGUGAACACGAGGAAGAUCUCCUUGAGGAGCGUGACGCAAGGCUCGUCGUGGUGGAGCGACUGUUUCCCUCAACUUACUUUUACUUCUGUUCAGACAUGCCGGGGGGUCCCCUUGCACUUCAGAAAGCUCCGGAAAAUGUUUACUGUCCCAUCGGGCCCACGCAAAGACAUCUUUGGUACCCCAAAACCUGGAGGGUAGUUAAAAGAACCUGGCCCUUGCCCCUGAGAUUACUGCACUGAGAUCCUGCCCCAUCUUUCCCUCUUACCUCUAUGUAGAUCUUGUGUUGAGAUGAGAAUAUAUUAUCGCUAUGGAGCAUGUUUCCUGGUCGCAGUACUACAUUAUCAUAUAUUACCAAACAGCAUAUAUAUAAAUAUAUCUUAGGCAUAGCGCAUCAAUGCUCUUUCAGCGUGCAGCUGUAAAUCUUAUAAUUGAAAUUGUAUUAUGUGCAUUAUUCUGCAAACAUAUCAUUUGCUUUUCUUUAGCGUCAUUUUAAUUUUCACUUUGUUUUAUGAAUGUGUUUUAUGGAAAAAAAGUAAUGAUUGAUGUCUGUGUAAAGAAAUCUUUGUUCUUGUGUUAUGUAUUUGUUUUGUGCUCAAAAGAAUUAAAAAUGCAAAAUGUAAGGGCCACCGCACACUUACCAUCAUAACAUGCUGUAAACAGUUGUCAGUAUCAACAGCUUUAAAUUCACAGUGUUACAGUGCUAAGUAUUUAUUGUAAAGCAUUUUUAGUGCUGCAGUCGAAUUCUUUGGAUGUUUGUUAGAAUAACACUAAUGUUGUGUUUAAAGCAAUUCCUUCUUUUCAAAACUAGAUUGUGUUGUCCUCUUUUUUUUCUUUGGAAAACAGUGCACAGUAUAUUUUGUUCUUUCGAAUUCCAUUCCUCAUCCCUUUUACAAUUAAUUUUAAAUGUACAUAUUUUAAACAAUCUUAUAUACAAAUAUUAACUAUAAAUCAUCAUCAUAUAAAAACCUAACUGGA